UGCGACGGCCAGAUGCCGGAAUGCAGUACGUGUGUCCGGCUAGGAAAACUGUGUGAAUAUCUCUAUGGGACAGAGAAGCGCAAGCCGCCAACGAAGCAUUAUGUCGAAGCGCUUCAUGCACGUAUUAAAUCUCUAGAACGCCAACUAUAUACAUACCGACAACAUGGAUCUCUAUCUACCGCGUUGGACUUCGUGAACCAAGAUCCGGCCGUUGUCACAUCACCAGUCGGGGAGGACUUCUGUCCCGCGCAAUCUCAUAUUCAAGAACUCAAUCCACGGCCUGCGACAGAGCGAGACCCUGUCGACGAGCUGACAGAGACUACGGGUCAAUUGGACGUUGCCGAGGAUGGCCAUCUACGAUUCUUCGGAGCUCCAAGCUACUUUAAUUUACUUAGGAGUGCUCCGUAUAUGACUACCGGGAGCAUAAGGCAAGAUGACCUGGACCUGACUAUGCAGCCAAACACAAUUGAUAUUGAUCUCUCACACGAAUUGCAGAUUCACCUACUAGACUUAUACUGGAAGUGGCAGAAUUCCUGGCAGUAUUUGAUCCAUCGCGGAGCCUUUUGUCGGGCAUUCGAGUGUGGGUUGUAUAACGAAUACUGCACCCCGCUUCUUCUCCGCUGUGUUCUCGCUCUGGCCAGCAGGUACUGUGACCACCCAGGGCCUCGCCUAGAUCCGAGCGACGCAAAUACGGCUGGUGAUCUUCUGGUUGCUCAAGCCAAGGAUAUCUUGAGUAUCGAGAUAGAACACCCAUCCACUUCAACGGUAGCUGCACUCGCCGUCUUGGCCCUACGGGAGAUGUCCGUCAAUAAAGAGACUCUGGGAUGGAUCUAUAUUGGGAUGGCAGUUCGUGUCGCAUAUAACCUAGGCUUGAACUUAGACUGCCAAAAUUGGGUUCAACAGAACAAGAUCACAGAAGAACAAUCCGAAAUUAGAAAGAUUACUUGGUGGGGCUGCUAUCUUCUAGACAAGCUCUUUAACAUCGGACUUGGACGCCCCAGCAUGAUACGCGAAAGCGAUAUCACCACGCCGAAACCGACCCUCCUAAAGGAAGAGGAGUUCAUCCCCUGGAUAACGACUGGAGAGGGAAAGUCCACACAACCCCUCGCAUCCCACUGCGUAACGAAUUUGCGGUAUAUGACAACAAUAUUUCAGCUUGUCUGCCCGACCCUUGACAAAAUAUACGGUCCCAACAGCGAGCUCACCUUCUCCGAGAAGCAAGAAAUGGCCACAAAGACCCACGUCCCCCUUACCAAGCAAUACUCAAAUCUGCCUAGCAUAUUGAAACUACCCCAUUCAACUAAGACGGCUCUUCCCGCCCAUAUGUACUCGCUUCACUUGCAGUAUCACACGGUCGUCAUCUUACUCCACCGGCCAUUCCUGCGUCGCGAAGAGCCGUUGACUUCAUUUCCUGAUAUUGACCCCCUCUCUCAUCGUCAUAUCUGCACUUCCUCUGCUGAGGCCAUCUCCAGCAUCCUCAGAGCUUAUCGGUCAAACUAUUCGUUGAGGAGGAUACCCAUAUCGACGGUACAUGCAGUGGGCACUUCUUCAGUGAUAUUGUUGUUGAAUGCCACUUCUAAUGACGCUGAAAUCAGCCGUUCAGCUAUCCGAUUGCUGAAAUUCAAUCUGGCAUGUCUCCAGGAGAUGAGCACUGCCUGGUCAUGGGGUCUCCGUGCAAUCCGCUCCUUGCAAAUACUUGCCGAAGAAUGGGCUGUGAACGAGAAACUACACUCUCAAGGCAAUCAGAAGCCGGGGAAUGUAGUGCCGACUGCCCUGGUGAUGAAUGAGCUGGAUCUGGGAGGGCCCAGUGCCGGUAACGAUAACAGUUCUGAUACUACUGAUGGACCCAUUGACGGAGCUGCAGCCGCCACGUUCGAAACAUCGCCGCAGAAUAUUGACUGGCUGCUCUCGUUCGACAGCGUGUUCUCAGACCCUCAAAUGGACUAUAACUUCUUUGACCAGGAUAUAUGGGGAAUGGGUGUCCCAUGA